AUGGCCGCCAACCCUGUGCAAUCCGUGAGCGAGCAGCUCAAGCAAUUGAAUGAAGCCCGCAAGGCCAUCCUCGUCGACACCACCUACUACAAGUCGAUCAUGAACGGCAUCCUGCCUCUUGCCGCUCCCAACUCCACCCUUGAGCUACGGCGCUGGGCUGUCGACUUCAUCGCCGAGGCUUUUGCGACUCCGACCCUGCCCGGGAAGGACAAGGAGGUCAUGAGCUUCCAGGUCUUGCCCGUACUCAGGAGCCUGCUGGAGAGCCCUAGGGAGGAUCCAUACGUACUCAAGAGCGUCAUCACCGCAUCGGCCAGCAUCUUUCCACAUGUCUUGAGAUGGAUAAUACACAACCCUUACGAGCGAUCGCCGUGGGACAAUAUGGUCACGAUCAAGCAGAAAAUACUACGACUCUGGGACGACGCUGCUCCAGCGGUCAAAUUGUGUUGCGUCAAGUUCGCACAGCGUGUGGUACUUGCACAGACGACAGCAACCAGCAUGGAGAAGCGCAUAAAUGGCCUUGAGAUUUCUUUGGGAAUGAUCCCAGCGGGCCACCCCUUCCUCGACCCGAGGCAGCUCGAGGCAGAGGCUACAGGUCUUCUGGACAGGAUGCUUAGUGUGCUCCAGGACAACAGCAGUGAUGCACUCAUAGUAGAUGGCACACUGAACUGUCUGUCUAUCCUUGUUCGCACGCGGCCAUCCACCUCUAAUCGCAUCGUCAAUGCUAUCCUCGCCUUCAACCCGCUCAAACUUGCCAACUCGCCCUUGACCCCCAAGAUUCGCGUGCUUGUCAAGUCCAUGGAGAAGACGACACGCAUGCUGCUGAUACACCUCUUGAAGCGGGACCCACAAAAUCCAUAUGCUCCCAGGAUACAGCAACAAGUAGAAAGGCUGAUGCGCUCUCGGGCAGAGAUUCUUGAUGACACAGGGCGCAAGAGAGCGCUCGCUGAACAGCAAGCCGCAUAUGCAGGUGGUGAUGCGAAGCGGCAAAAGAUAGGCCCUCAACACGCGGCGCCCCAAGUGAACCCGAAUGCCCCAGGACCAAACAGCCUAGCAGCUAUCUACACGCUCACAGACAGCGUCGGUCUCCAGGCCUUUGAUGUCACACAAGUACCAGCGCAUCUGACGAACAGGGUGGUCGUGUCAACCCUGGCAAGAAUAGAUCCUCAAGCCUUACAGGGGGCCAUCCAAGCAGUACGCGAACGUCUAGCAGCCAAGGAGGCUACUCGACAACCAGUACUCAACCCAGAGACCGCGCCACUUGAUGUUGAAGAGGACGACGAUGAUUACGAGCCCGACUUCACCAUGGCCGAGGACGAGGAGCAAAUCAAGAACAAACUCGACGGCAAACCCCGCGAGGAGGAGCAACCCCAAGUCGAUGCUGCAUCUUUGACACUAGGCCCCUACAAGUUACCGGCGCCGCCUCCGCUCAAUCCUGAAAGUGCUUCAGCAGCUGGUCAAAUGGUUGUCGCGCGGGUUUUUGACGCCUUAAGAGUCCUGGAAGAGCCCGCGACAAGGAAGAUUCGAGGUGGAAUCAACCGACUGGCAGCAAGCUCAUACGAUAAGGAAUCGAUACUGACGUUCAUUACGCGACUGGGCACGCGCGCCACGGCCGGCAUAGAGGAGGUCGAAGUUAAGGACGAGGGCAGCGAGGCCCUUGCGCUCCGCUCGCAUACGAACAGCGACGUCAUCCGCGAGCGCCUCUACGCAUAUGUCCUCGAGGACUUCCGCCGACGUAUCGACAUUGCUGUCUCGUGGCUAAACGAGGAAUGGUAUUGCGACAGCGUGCAAAAUAAGCAGAGCACCCAUGCACCCAUGCACUAUCCAAAGUGGGCGAUGAGGCUGGUUGACGGAUUCUUCCCAUACUUGAAUCCACAGGACAAGGUGCUCACCCGAUUUCUGGGCGAGAUGCCAGAGCUCAACUCUGCGAUUCUUGGUAAGGUCAAGAAGCUCUGCGGCGAUCCGUCCAUGGUAGAGCUUGCUCUGAAGAGUCUCUUGUAUCUGGUGGUGAUGAAACCGCCGGUGAGAGAUUUGGCCUUGGACACUGUCCAGGACAUCUGGGUUGAGUAUGAGGAUGCCAGGCCUAUGGCUGCCAAAUACCUGACGAAAUGGCGGCCUGGCUUCAUCGAAUCGCAGAGCGGGAAUGGCAGCGGCAAUGACGCGCCUCUUGUGCCAGCGGUCACCGCCUGA